CCCCCCCCCAACGCUCAUCUUCCCUGUGUCAUCUCUCCUCAACUCACUUGCGAACUACCGCACUCUGCCACAGUCUCUGCGAUGCCCCGGAAGAAAGCAAAACUCACUCCUGAGAGCGCAGCCCCGAGUCUGCCUAACGCCCCUGUAGUAGAACUAAAGCCAAUGGCAUCUCACGCUCUGACGACCAAGAAGCAACUACGCGGAAAACGCGGACGUCUGCGGGAUAUGCCAAACAUGCCUAUGGAUAUCCUAUUGGAGAUCUUUUCGCACCUGCUGCCGAUCGAUUUAUUGAAUUUGGCGCGCACCUCAAAACCAUUUCGGAGCCUUCUACUAUCUCGCGGUUCCUCCAGUCUGUGGAAGGCGUCUCGGCGGCUCGUUGAGGGUCUGCCCGAUUGUCCGGCCCAUCUCAGCGAGCCUGCGUAUGCCAAUCUCGUCUUCUCUCCUCAUUGUCACAACUGCCUAAAACCUAAUACUCAGAGCAUUAUAUGGGAGUUUGGAGUCAGGUAUUGCAGCUCCUGCAAAAAGUCUAUGAUGGUGAAGCUGUCGUUCGGUGGUCCGUAUGGGAGAUUCCUACGCGACAACUGGCUGAACGUGCUUGUCUUGCUCAACAAGACGCGGAUCAAGAAGAACACCUUCUACCAUGGUCUGCAAAUAGAACAAGUCAAGCAAGCGUGGGACGGAUUGCAUGAUGAUGCAGAUCGUCGGUCUCAAUACGUGUCGCAACAACGACAAAGAAUUCAAGAUAUACAGAAGCAUGCACAAGCGUGUUCUCUGUGGGCUGCAAAGAGGGCUGACGCCAGAGCAGAGGAAUUGGAGCAGAUCAAACGGAUGCGUUUACAAUUCAUCGUGUUAAAGUUGCGCGACAUGGGCUGGGGAGAAGAGAUAGACAAACUCCCUGACGACAUGCGCAUGCUCGCCGACCAUGCACAAGUGCGUCCUGCGAAGGAGAUCACUGAGCGUGGCUGGGAGAAGAUUCGCGAUGAACUCUCGAGUUUCAUGCAACAAAUCAAGGACCUUCGUGUUGGGGAGGAGCGGUCUACACUCCUACGUGAGCGCCUACAGACCUUAGCUUCUGUCAUAUCCAGUAUGCGGGUCCGACGAGGGCGCAGCUCAGCCACGGAGCGCUUCCCGAAGUUUGCUGAUUUCGCGUAUAUGCACGAGUUCCGCGAGCUAGUCGAGGCCCCAAAUGAGGAAACCAUCGACAGAGCGGCGUUUGAGGCGCUGGACGUCCCCACGGUGGAUUCACGAUGGAUGGUGCAGCGAUUGACACAAUUGAAGGAGCUAUUCGAGGAGUCGUCAAACAGCAUACAAGGAGACACGCAUCAAGAGCAGCGUGAAGUCGGCAUGGUCGAAUUCCUCGGUCUCGCCGUCGCAGUGUUCGAAUGCAAGCAGUGCUUCAAACGCAUGCACGUUAUCGACACACAAGCGCAUCGAUGUGCGCGUGACGCGGGCAUGUACUGGUUCCUUGACCGUGACGAUGACCGAGGGUCAGAGCACAGUUACGAACGGCAGGUGCGGCGCGUCGCCCGUGAUGUGUACACUUGGGACAUACAUAAGUUCCGAGUGCCUGACCUCGAACCGCUGAAGAAUAUAAUACGGAUGUGCGGAAAGGACCCGGCGACAAUAACGGCGCAGGAGAUGGACGACUUGGACGUGCGACUUGCUAUCAAGGACGAUCUCAUCGACGGGGAUAGAAAGGUGAUGACGUGGGAUACCGUGGUGCGCAUAGGUCACCUCGACCAGACCGUUUGCGACAGCGGAUGGCACUUUGAAGUCCUAUCUGAAGAUGACAAGCGCCGGGUUGUUGAGCUAGAACUGCAACAGAAAGACGAGAUAAUGACAGACAUCCUGAUGUCUGCGAAGAAAUACUUGUGUUGUGCCUUAUGCGAUGAAAUGGCGAGUGGGACCACAUUCCCCAUUCUCAUGGAGCAUCUGGAGGCGAGUCAUAAUAUAGGGGGUAUGGACAGAGCCGAGUAUCUGAUCCUACACCCAGACGUAAUGUCUGCCAAGUGCAGACACGUUUGUCUACCUCCACCAUUCGAUUAAACUCUACGACAUCUACUCUUUUGGACAAGUUGUGAACCCCUGUAGUUCUGUCUCAUCCGAUGAGGUGUGUGGAUCGCGUGUCGUUUUCCAUCACCCUUGGCAUCGGUAGCAGGACAGAGAGAUACGUCGAUUGAAGACUGGAGCGACACUAUCUUAAAUGACACGUCGCGCUGUCUGAGCCUGUAUAGUGUCAACUUACAUCGUAAUGUAGUUUCAUUCCAAAAAUUUGUCGCAAUCUUGUAACUGUUUCAAGACCCU